AUGGCAGGGAGGGACCUGUCGUUGCUUGCUUUCGCCAUUGCACGCUUCCUCCAGAGAGAGAACCGUCGCUGUCCACGCACCCAUCGCCACCGUGCUGCAAGUCGCCGUCGCCGUCAGGGACUUGCCGCAAGGAGUGGCCCUCGCUGCCGCUUUUUCGCCUGGAACCACCGCCAGAACCGCCGCCGUGGGUACGCACGCCAAGGCAACCGCCCGCUCCGUCGGCAAGCACCAACGGUGCACCAGGCUGGACCCUCGGCUCCGACCACCGCUGCAAACCAUGUUGGGCCUUCGGCUCCGGCUCCGGCCGUCACCGACGACUACAUCGUACCAACGACUCCGUCGCCAUCUGUCUUGACCAUCCCUCCGAUGGAUUGGCUCCUUGGAGGUCCAUCGGCGCCAUUCCUCAAAAAAGAAGAGAUGUUCCCUUGCGAACUCGCGCCACCGCCUCUGCCCCCGUACUGCGUACGGCAUGGGUUCAAAUCGUGCCCAGAGCAUACGGGCGCACCACCGCGGAAGCCGUCUCCGACGCCAUCAGACGAACUGUCGGAGCACUUCAUCCCUCCUGGAUACGGCCCCGUCCCAGAUCUCCCAUCCCCAACGCCGGCGGCAGCGGGAACCGGCGGCUACCCUUCCAUCCCCGACUUGAACAUCAAGAUCAAGGUUGAAGAAGAGAAGAUAGAGGACCAGGGCUCGUCGUCGACGCCACCACGUUCAUCAUCGGCGACACCACCUCCUCCGGCACCGCCUCUUCCUCUGACGCCUCCGCCGGAAGCCCGCCGGAUCCUGCGCCAAUUCGCCGCGGCCAUGGCGCAGAACCGCGCAACCCUUCAUGGCGCGUGGUCACCGGAUGCCCUUGGCCUCACCGGUGCCCCUAGGGCGAGCAGCAGCGGAGCAAGCCAUGCUGCGAAGCGGGGCCCACCUCGCUUCCAUUGA